AGCAAAGCCAGUAGAAAUUCCCUUUAAAAUUCCGAUCGAGCAUGAGUUUUCUCUAUUAACUGCAAAAAUAAAUUUCAACCAAUAUGGAUGUACGGACGCAGAUGCAGGAUGUGAAUCAGGAGCGCACCGAAGUGGCCACCGGCAGUCAAUGCCUUGAGGUGGAGGAACACGGCGUGGACUUGAGCAGGAACUCCAGUUUGACAACCGUAUGCAGCACAUUUCCAUUGACCUCGAGGAUCGAGAGCUAUCACAGCUGGCAGUCGAUGGACGGGGAGAGGGGGAUAAGGACUUGAAUCGCGAAUUGGAUAUCGAGAGUGAGCAAAGGUCCAGCUGGCCAUUUCCAUGUCCAUGCCACUCGCCUUGGGAGCCCUGCAUCCUUAACAAGCAUUUCAAAUUAAUAGUCCAAUCGGUUGAUGAUCAAAUUCUAAAGAAGGCGCAAUCCCUCAAAAAUAAACUUUCGAUUUUCUUCAAACAAA